AUGCAAUCCCUGGAAGAGUUUCUUCAUAUCCUUUAUCAGUGGCAAUGGCUUCCCGUGUUGACUGUUCUGCUUGUCACCUACGUCACGUAUUAUUUGUUUCACGUCGUUCAAAAGCCUCGAUUGAUCGGCAAAGAAGGUCCAUUUCGAGAGUUUCUCUUGCAAAGUUGUCCGAUGGUAAACGAAUAUUAUUGGCCAACUUUUUGGUGUUUUGGAGCUCGUGCGCAAACGGUAAUUCGAGCGGUGAUCAGGUCCAAACCUUCAGUUCCCUUUAGAAGGUAUUUUUUCACUGUUUUUUCCUUAGGAAGUUAAUAAUAAUUCUUCUUGAGCCCUAGUUACCGUUCAAAUGUGCUCGUGGCGACCGCCAUAAUGUGAGUGGCGAUCAUUCAACCUUUUUUCCAGAACGUCACAUGUCGAUAAUUCCGAUAACCGAUAGAGACCGAUUGUUGUUGAUAAAAAUCGAUACUCAUCAAUCGACAAAUAUCGUAAUCAAUAAGAGUUGAUUACAAAAUGUCAAGUGAUUAUCGAUUUCUAUCGACUUUUGGUCUAAGAGUUCAUUUUUUCUUAUAUUUAUUAUCUACUGGAGGAUAAAAAGUGAUCAGAAGCUACAGUUUCAAGAUCCAUUUGCAAACUAUUACUAUUUGUUCAAAGGGUUGUGGCAUGUGUUUGAAAUGUCCCUCCAUAAAAAGAAUCAUGUUAUUUUACAGGGGAAAAGAACAUGUGGGCUUUUUCCUAGGGCUCCUUGGGUUACAUCAUGCUAAAACUCUCAGUCUCCUAUAUUAGUCAAUUGUCGUGACGUCACCCCUGGAAUUUUUGAUUGGUGAAUUUCGCACCAAACAGGUAUGAAAAGUCCUUCAGAAUACCAUAACCAACCAGGAUUAAAAUUUAAGGACUUUUUGAACAUCUAAUAAUAGCAGUGACAACAAUGACGGUAAUAACAAUGACUGUAGUGAUGAUGUGCUCGAUCUGAUCAUGAAUUUUUAUGACAACGAACGUUGAUGCUAUGUGUCACAUUUUUGUCACUGUAGGGAGACCUUGGAAACACCGGACAAAGGGAUCGUUUGCUUGGACUGGUUUGACAAUGAUGACAGCACUGUUUAUAACGAUGCUGCAACAAGACCUACUGUAUUAUUACUUCCUGGACUCACUGGUUAGUAAUUAAUUCCAAGAUGUUAAUAUCAGUAUUCAAAUUCCUUUCGAUGGCCUUCAAAAAUCUCUUACACAUAUGCCUUUCAGUUAGAAGGAGUUGUUGUUAUAAAAACAUUUAUUUUAUUUUAUGCUAUCUGUUUACAUGAGAUUUAAGUGCUGCACCAGAGGUUUUAACCAGGGUUCGUGCAGUCUUGAAAAGACCUUGAAUUUUCUUCAACUUUGAAUGUAGUGGCCUGGAAAAAGUUUUCUAAUGCUUUUUGGUUGUCCGAGACAGAAUAUAAAUCAAAGCUCAGAGAAUUGAAAGGUUAUUUACACAGAGUGCUCUAUGUUUUACGCAAUAAUUAACUAUCAAUUUCAGAGAAGUGAACUGAAAAAUGUAGAGAAGUUGGUGAAGGAAAGAGUUCAAGCCUUAAGUUUUAUUAGAUUAGAUAGGAAUGUGCAUUUUUGUACAAUCUGUGAAAUUUUAUUCCUAGUAGGUGGUCCUUGGAAAUCUAAUGUGGUCCUUGAAAAGUCUUUGAAAAAUGGUUGCAAUUUUUUGUAUGAACCCUGUUUAACUUGACCAAGAACUAAAUGAAUGGUGAAUAAUAUUGAAAAUAUGUCAUUUAUCUUGUUCAAACCAUUAUUAUUUUAGGUGGAAGUGAGACAAGCUAUAGCCGUCAUUUGGUGUUACUGGGUGAAAAGUUAGGAGUGAGGUGGGUUAGAAUGCUGGACUUGUCCAGUAAGGACAGCUGGGACACACAGAAGGAUCAAACCCUCUGUUUUUCUUGUUCUAAUGCUUAUGUUGAUGCCAUUCAUAGUGGGUUUUAGACUGCUUGCAGUCCGCCUUUUCUGUUACAAUUCGUCUUUUUCUUAUCUCAGCCUUCGCAAUUGCAAAACCACAACGUUAUGUUACAAUAGGGGAUUGGAACGAGACAAGAAAAGAUGGACUGCUGACUCUUUUGUAGUAAACAAACCCUCUGUCAGCCCAGAAACAGAGUAACCAAUUGGUUAAUUUUACAACUGUUGACAGAUCAUUGAUUGGUUCCUGCUUGACAUGAGCAUAAGGACAAGCAAAAGCCACAAAAAUGGAACUUGCUGUUACAAAACCCCCUUGUGCUUGUAUUACUAGUCAAUAUCUUGCUUAUGUUAAUGUUACUGCAGUACUACUCUGACUGCUUAUCCCCACAGGACUUUGCAUCCUUGACCUCACAGUGGAAACAGUUUCUGUCCUUGCAUUCUUUCUCUUGUUUCCAUUGUUUGGUCUUGGAUUGUUGGGAUAAAAUUGUCUCAGGAAGUAGGGACACGAGUCUUUCCCCCAGCCUGACCCCAGCCAGUUUCCAAAGUAGGGGAAUCCUAUGCCUGGCUCCAUGUCACAGUCAGGUUAUAGUGUCAGGUGCCUCUUCAAAAAUAUCCAUCACCCGCUCCCAUGACCUCACUAACCCUGAUCAGUGCCGGCAGACCAGGUACUCCACCCUGCCCACAGGUGUCCUGUAGGUUAGCAGAGGGAAGGAGUCACCGUACUUCUCUUGUAUAUAGAGGAUACCUCCACCCAGUUACCCAAAUGUUAAUGUUACAGGUCAAAUUAAUUCAGUUUCAAAGUUUUUCACCUAUUAUUCACUAUAUCCUUUCAGUCUCCUAGCCUGAGUUAUUCAUGAAUUAGGGCUAAACCUAUGUUUAAUAGAUAAUUUAAACCUGAAUAUAGUUUUGACCUUAAACAUUUUUAAAUAUUUUUUAAUAUUUUUAAUAUUUUUUCAUUACCUCUAUUUUUACAUAACAGGACAAUUGUUGCUAAUCAUAGAGGAUUUGGAGCCUCCCAGUUAAAGGUAAAUAUAAUUCAAAGGCCUGUUAGUGACUACACAAAUGUUUCAAUCAGUUUUAAUGUAACAACAACUGUCACACUGCCUUUGUAAGUCAGGUCAAACCUCUCCUUGUGGAUGAUGGUGAUAAAAGUGCAUUUUGGUAAAUUUAUGCUUACCUUUAAUUUCAGACUCCAAGGACCUUCUGUGCAGCCAAUACUGAAGACCUCAAGUUUGUUCUAUCGCAUAUUCACAGAAUCUACCCAGGAUCACCAAUAUUUGGCAUGGGAAUUUCUAUGGGAGGGUAAGACAUUCCCCAUUACAGUCAAACCUCCUGUAAGCAACCACUCAAAAUGCAAAGAGUUAGUGGUGGCAUAUGGAAGGUUAUGCUUACAAGAAUCAAACCAUAAGGGAUCGCUUCCUAGGAGAGGUCCAAACCCAACUGCUUUUUGGAUAGAAUGUAUUGUAUACUAUUUUCAGGUUACAAUACUAGUAAUAACCAAAGGUUAUUGAUUGCAGGCAACAAUGAUCGAAGAUCAAAACUGUGCUUUGCAUAAGUUUUUGACUCCAGCGCGUGUGUGCUUUUCGCGUGUGUUAAGUUUUAUUCCAUUGACAGAUAGCCAAAAAAUGCUGGCUACAUGUGAUCAGAUAACAACCUGGAGGGUGAUAGAAGCAAGUCCAUGUUGUUUCUAAAAGUUCGUCUCAUACUCUGAGUAGUGUUGUACAUACAAUGUUCAUUUUACGUUCUGUGCAUUCCAUUCAUUUUUAGUGGAAGUCCAAAUAAGUGCUGGCUACAAACAUAUGACCCAUGCGUAAUAACAACCUGGAGAUUAGGACUGUGGACUCCUCUUGUCGCCCGCAAUAAGUAAAUCCAUGUUGUUUCUAAAAGUUCUUCUCAUACUCUGAGUAGUCCUUCAGUAGUGCUCCAUUUAAAGGUAUAGAAAGCUAAUUAAAAGCUGCACAGAAAGGAAGAAGCUGAAACAUUGAGGUCUAACUAGGUAUCAAACUCGGAACCCUUCCCCCCCCCCUCCCCUCUGAGAAGGCCACACACUUACCACUGUGCUAAUCUUAAUUCGACUGUGCUAAAGAAAGAUUGAUGAAGACAAUGCGCAAGAAAAUUUCAAACCCCAGGCUACUCCCAUUUCUAGACUCACUGUUAGUACUGAAGUUGUUAACCAUUUAAGCCAUUAUAUCCACUUUUAAAUUCUUCAGGCCGACUUCCUUUCAUUUCUUUUUAUAAGAUUAGUAGGAAGAAUUUGCUUAGAGAUCAAAGCGUUUUCUUUUAGGUGAUCAUGUUAUAAAUUCUUGUUACUUUUCUCUUGAUUAUCGGUUGAUAUCUUAAGGACAAAAUUGAUUUGGGCCUGUCUUUGGAUGUAAGGGUUAAGAAAUUUUUUCAAGACUCACGUUUUGUUUUUACAGGAUGAUCCUUAUGAAUUAUUUAAAUGAAGUGGGUGACUGUGAGAGUUCAGGUCUUGUUGGAGUCAUGGCUAUUUCUACUCCGUGGAACUGUAUGGAGUCCUGUGAGUCACUGGAACAACCAAUCAACAGCUUUCUUUUUAAUCAGCACCUGACCAGGAACCUGGUGCAGAUGAUACAAAGGUACUCAACCACUCAUACGUUACAGACCUUAAGAUUCUAAGACAAGAACGACUACGAGUACGAGAGUUUCUUAAUAGUAAGUGGUGCUUGUGCGUGAGGCAGCGUCAUUCUGGCGGGAAAACGUGGUACUUCUACUAUGAGUUUUAGCCAUAGUGGAGGGAACAAAUUAUCAAAUGUUAGAAGUUUUAGCAUUUUGCAAUCCAGAGAGGGCUCAACCUUCUUCAAUAUCGAUAACAGUGCUAACUUUUCUCGUGCAAAAAAGUACAAUGAAGAAUCCCAGAGUGUCUGUCUUUUAACAAUACAUGAAAAAACUUUAAAUCAAAUCUCGUCAGACUUGUAGUCGUUCUCAUCCUCGAAUCUAAAGGUCUCUAAUUUUAGCCAGACACUCUAAGAUAAAUACCUCUGUAAGAUGGACACCUUGCUAAAACAGACAUCUAGCAUUGGUCCCUGCUUACUAGUGUGGAGCCUGGUUAACCCUUUAAGCUCUAAGAUCAAAAUCUGAAUUCUCGUUUGUUGCCCCUAUUCAUUUCCUACAGAAGUAGUGGGGAGAAGCUGAUAACAUAUCAAGCAAAUUCAUCUUGUGUGAUCAUGUGCAUAAUUCUCAUGACCACUCUGUUUUACAAAGCAUCGUGUUUACAAGGAGAAAUUUGAUGCUGAUCACUCUUAGGGCUUAAAGGGUUAAUACAGACACCAAGGGGACAUGCCUUUUUGUACGCAUUAUCCGGGUUUCUGUAUUUAGCGGGUUAUUUUUACAGAAAAUUUGAGAUUUUUCAGUGUCUGGAAACUAUCCAUUAUAUACGAGUGCCUGUUGUAAGCGGGUGUCCGUAGAGCGGGGUUCCACUGUACAUGUCUAUGUGAAUUUUCUGCAGAAGAAGUUUUCUUGUAAAUGGUCACAUCACAGGUUUUUGUUAAAAAAAAAAGUAGUACAAUAGGAAAGCACGGGUGAAGAGGUUUCGUUUGAAGUGAUCGCACCACAGGAUUUCAUUCACAGACUCAAAAGUUAGAGCUACAAACUAAAAAAAUAGUCCCAUGUGAAAGUACUGCUGAAGAGGUUUCCUUUGAAUGGCCACGCCAUAGGAUUUCAUCCAAAGACUUAAGUUUAGAUCAUAGAACAUCACUCUCCACAUAGAAGGCCCCAAGGCGGCGCGAAGGGUACCUACUAGUAUUCAACAUGGAGAGAGUUCAUUGUAUCAACAGCAUGAUACACUGAAAAAUAGCUGUUAUGUUAACGGUGUGGUGCGGCCAAAAAUAACGGCUUUGCACUAUUUAUAUGUCUCCUUUUAGUAACCUGGAGGUGUUUGAAAGUCAUUUGGGGAAUCUGCCAUUUGAUAUCCAUCAUGUAUUAAAGGUAGUGUGUUCAUUCAAUUCAAGUUUCAUACUGGUGAUUACUUACAUGUCGUCACAGUUGCUCUUCACAUAAUUCUUUUUUCAUUGACUGUACACUUAUGGGGUCUUUCAGCGCUUUUAAAAAGUAUUGAAAUAUCCUUUGGAAUAGACUCCGUGACUUAACCGAUGGGAUAAUAACUAUAGUCGAUGUUCAUUGUGAUUUGUUGGUGUCAGGUCGUUUUAGCCCGACAGCAGUUCGCCCGUAGUUAGGAUUAUUCGCCCGAUUUGUAGUUGUCGUUCUUUAAGUCUGAAAAAAGCCGGGAACAAACGUGAAAAGAUAGUGUCUGCACAUGUGGAAUCCAAACGUAACUAAAAUAACAUCUCUGUUGAUUAUGCGCACCGUGUUGUAGAUUGUUGUAUGUUAUUGGACGAAUCGACUCAAGUCCAGGCGAAACGCCAUCGGGCGAAACGACCGCGAUUCGAUUUGUUUGUUCGUUUGACGCAUACAAACGGGCUCACCCACCCUGUUUUGUGUUGCUGAUCUGGCCAUAUUCCAGCUUGUCUAGCCCGCUCUUUCCCGUUCUUUCUCGACAGUACGUUGCAGCAUGCAAUGAGAUCCUUUGUUUAGGAGCUACUUUGAGCCUCAUUAAGGGCGUCGGUGACCGGUCGUUUCGUCUACGCGCCGUUUCGCUAACGCUUAAGUCGUUUCGCUUACGGGGAAACGAAACGAUCGCCACACAUGUAUGUACUUCAUUCUUUUAGUCAUGACACGAAAAUGUCGGUCUAUUACAUAUUUAUGUAUACGUUGUUCUUUAAGCUAUUGCUAAGGCGAAAAAGUUAGGGAACUGACCUAACACGUUCGCGAAACGACUUAAGACGUUAGGGAACUGGACGUUGCCCAAACGUUGUAAGGGCGUCAUAUCGCUUCCACAGCAGUCUUCACAGUUUGAGCUGUAACAUCGUCAACGCUCUCAGUUUCUGUAAGAUGUGGCUUUUUGUAAGAUGGGGUUUUUAACCCUUUGCCUAAUCUCUUUCCUCAAUGGGCGAACGUUUAAGUAUUUUAAUCGAAUAAGGAAUAGAGUUCCAAAUUUGGGCACCGAUUCUCGUGAAAAAGGCAUACAUUUUAUCGGUUCUAGAGAACUUAACAUAAAACGAGUCGCUAGAGACAGAUCUUGUUCUGUAGUUAUGAAUCUGACUUGUUUUAACGAACUGAUUGAGUUUACUAACUGGUGCUGUCUGUCUGUUGAUAUCAUACAAUAAAUAGCUACAAUCUCUGAAAACUACCAGAUGACAAAAUAUAAAUUCAGAUAGUACGAUGACUAAACAACUGCUAGUAGACAUUCAAAAAUUCAAUUUCCAUCUUUUGGAAAAUUUUAACCCUCGGAAAAUUCGGCGUGGGAUUUUUUGUGGUCAUUUUUGCCUCUUUUCGAUCAUCCCCGUCACUUUAACUCCGGAGUAUCCCCCUGGUGAUUGCCUUAGUUUAAAUAGUUUUUCUUCGCCCGGGCUCCGCCCUCGUUUCUCGCAGCUUCGCUGAUCGCCAUUCGCGCGUGCCCUCGUUUCUCGUGCUCAUAUCCUUCCGUGUCUCAAGGGAACAAUAAGAGACUGCUCGCAGUGUAUAGUUUAACGUACACAUAGUUACAUACUAAGACAUACCGUAUGAUGUUAUAUUUGUAGGCAAGGACCAUACGCGAGUUUGAUGACAGAUUUACAUCUCCAACAUUUGGUUAUCGCAACUAUGAGGAAUACUACAGUGCUGCGACUCUUCACACCAAACCACUGCACACAAUAAGAGUACCUGUGCUGUGCUUGAAUGCCGCUGAUGAUCCGUUUUCCCCUCUGCAUGGUGAGUGAGGGCUCAUUUAACCCUUCAAGUCCCAAUAGUGACCAACAGCAAUUUUCUCCUAACGAUAUCCAUACAUUGUCAAGAGAUUAGGUUAUGAGAAUUAGUGAAAUGGUCACCAAAGAGAAAAUACCAUGAUGUUUUAUUAAAUUCUCUCAGCUAAUUCUUAAAGGAAAUGUAUGGAGAUCAGUUUGGACAAUUUGUAUGUGGAUAUUGGGGCUUAACUGGUUAAAGAGAAUUUGAAGAGAUGGAGUUAGGGAGGGGGAAGGAGGAGGAGGAGGGGGGGUGCAAGUUAUGUACGCUUUCCAUUUCUGGUCUUUGCUUUUCUCGUAAAAAGUGACAGAAACGACAGCUGGAAAUGCGUCUACGUUCGCAAGCUACUCCAUAGUACAAAACAAUAACUUUUAUAAUUAGGUGGAACAUCAUCGUCCGAGUGAGUGAAGUCCCGAAUAGGGCUGUUGUUGACAGUGACUGCCGUUUCGACAACCUCUGCGGCAGUCAUCUCCACGGUCAAAGUGAGUUGUGUCUCGUCAGUUGAUGGUAUUUAACUCUGUUUAUUGACCUGAUUGGUCAAUUAAGUUGCGAUGUUAUUGGUCGUCUGUCAGUUAAGCCGUGAUGUUAUUGGCUGUGAAGAUUGUAAAUGUGAUUUGCCACUAGUAUUCCUAUCCUUCUUUUUUCACAGUUGUAAUUGUCGUUUCACUGACACUAAAAAACAUUAAAUUGGCAAAUCUCAAUUUACCCGCAACUCAGUUUAAUAGCAAAGACAGCAUCGACCUCGGUAAUUUCUUUUGUGGAAAAUAUCGACUCUAGGAUCAGGAGGGGUUUGGGGAAUUUAAUCUAGUAUAGGGUGGCAAAAUUCAGCUGAACUAGGUCUGGAAUAAGGUAAUGGUUCGGUAUCCCAGCGGCUUGUCCCCAUCCAAACAUUCCUAAGGGACUGUAAACUAUCCACGUAAGAUCGUAAUGACAAAUUUGCUUUCUUUUUGCUCUCAUUGAACAGCGAUCCCUCUAGAUGCACUGGCCCAGAAUCCGCUGGUUGCCAUGGUACUCACGUCAUAUGGUGGUCACAUUGGCUUUGUGGAGGGCGCUGGAAUUGAAGGAACCAAUUAUAUGGAAAGACUGUUUGUUCAGUUCACCAAAGGAAUAUUUGAACUUGUCGAGAAGGGUAGACUCCACGAAGUGAUCGAAGAGGCUCACUCAUAACUUACUUGUGUAACUUAUUUAUGUAGAGCUGACACACGCGUCAAAUAUAUAGUGAGCGGAGCCCCAUGCGUAAGGAAACAUGAUAAACCGAUGGAGUUGCCAACCCUUGUGUAUAUGGGCGAACGCGCGCUUGCACAGGAAGCCCACUUUAACAUUGUGCACACAACACACCCAAAGUGUAAGAGAAGACUCUUCAAGUCCGUGUACGCCGUACAACGAGUACAGGGACUAGGCAAGGACUUAGUACGUCCCGAACUGCACUCACCUUGGCGAUAUUCAACCUACUUACGAUAUGACUCGAGUAACGUGAAAUCAGAGUAAUUAUUUUGCUUGCCUUGUAUAUCACUACAGAAGCAGAAAAUCUAGUUAUGCAAUCACGUUUGGUAUCCAGUGUUAUGUUAGCUUAUGUUUACUUCAAAUUGUUUGAUAAAUUCGCACAAAAUUCGUUAUCCAAUAGCAACUGGGUUAGGGUUAAUAAGUUAUUUCUUCUAAUAUGUUCAGUAAAUCCGCUAAACUUGCAGGUUCAAGCUUGUCGGAAAAAAUCGUAGUGUAUGUUUCCGUUUGAUGCCUCUAUUUUAGUUUUUUUAUGUAAUUAUCUUUGUUAGGAGAGAUCUCAGUUGUUAAUAUUGUUUUUACCAGUUUGUCAAAAAUAAAAUUACAAGGAAACUGAUAAAGAACGACCUUUUAAAGAC